GGGUCCUCGGUUGGUCCCGUCGUCGCGAGAUAUCGAGACCACUUUUCUCUUCAAGCUCCAACGAGUGUGGUCAAGUUUCAAGAUAGUAACUCGGCGGCACGUGUGAUCUACAAUGGGAAUUCCAAAUUGGUCUUGGAAGAAAAGUAUGACAAGGAAAUCAAGAAGCGUCGUGUUACCAUCAAGCAAAUGUCCGAAGAGGCUGGAGGGUCUCUCUUGCCCUGA